UUCAGUAUCGUUCCAAAUGAAACGCAAAAAGGUCCAAAUAUUUUCGCUCGUGUAUUUUGCAUUUAUAUGGAAAUAAAAAUGGCUUUAUAGUUUGCGCGCAAACAAAACACAAGCACGAACAGUGCCCCAACACACAAAGUUAUGAAAAUGUUAACAAAAAAGAUUGCCACCAUGGCGUCCUCACAACAACAACAACCAGCGUUCAUCACAUUCUACGAAACGUCUUCAAUAUAUUCACCAUAUAUCACAUCAAGUUUAGAUUCCGAUUUCGCCUUUGACUUCACAUAUGACAAUGGAGAGUUUAGAUUUGCCCCAAGAGUUGUUCUGGGAUCCGAAGCUGGAGCCAGCCUCGCCGCCUUCGGCAGUGACCAGCGAGCUCUUUUCGCUUGACGACCCAACAACUACUUUUCUCUAUGACGAUAACUUUGCAAACGGUAUUACGCUCUUGAGCGUCGACGAGGCGGACAUUUUGCAGAAGGCUGCAACUAUGGGAUUGCUGAGCGACGAGGAUUUCGUUGUCGAAUUUUCGGAUCUCAAGGAUGAAGAGUGCCUUCUAGACCAAAAGGCGCUGCAUUACAUCGACUAUGAAACGACAGGCUUCCCACAGCACGUCGAUGUGGUGUCGCAGGAUAUGCUGCCCAUUACCAAAGUGCAGGUGACUGCAAAUGCCGCUGAUUUCCAACAUGGCGAGUCGUCUUUGAUAUUACAACAACUGACGCCGCCUCAAUCGCCGCCACAUUUCGAUGCCCAUCAACAGCAGCAGCAGCAGCCGGAGCUGGUCAAGCAGGAGCCGAAAGUGCUGGCAUAUGCCACGGAAGCUACAACAGGAACAGGUGCUGCUGGUGCGCCCUACGGCUUCAACAACUGGGUGCCGGACAAUGAAAUCACACGCGAAACCCAAUUAGUUGAUGACAUUGUCAACAUGCGCGCCCAAGAGCUGCAGCUGCCCAUCAACUGGGAGCAGUACAACGAUGACUGCGAAUCUCAGGCAUCAUCAUCCCUGGGCAGCAGCAGCAGCAGCAGCAGUAGCAGCAACGGUGACAUCAGCGCCGCUGACAGCAGCAUUGCGGAUGCGGACGAGGAUUGGAUGCCCGAGAGCAGCAGCAGCUCGCCCGCACACACCAUCGGCGAGGAGCAGCAGUCGACAUUAUCUGCCAGCAGCAGCAGCAGUUCAUCUAAGGCCAAAAAGCGAACGCGCACCUAUGGACGCGGCGUGGAGGAUCGCAAGAUAAGAAAAAAAGAGCAGAACAAAAAUGCGGCCACACGCUAUCGCCAGAAGAAGAAAAUGGAAAUGGAGCAUGUGCUGGGCGAGGAGCAGGAACUGAUGCAGGCGAACGAGGCACUGCGUCGCACACUCUCCGAGCGACAGCACGAGUCGCGCUAUUUGCGCCAGCUCAUACGCGAGUUCUACAGGGAGCGCAAGCAAUAGAAACUGUUGCCUCAAGUUCAAAAUCAUGUUUUCCCCCACACUUAAUUUUAAUGCUUUUUGCAAAGUUAUCGUUAUCGUUAUUGUCACGUUGUAAAUCCCCAGAUCCUACCCCGCCCCCACAUAUAAGAUAAACAAUAUCCCAACUUCACACACUUACCCCCUGCAUUCGGCGACAAAUGCAAAACCAACAUGCCCACAGCUUUAGCUGCCCGUCCUGGCCAGCAUUUUGGCACUUAUGACAAGUCGCCUCGCAGCGGCUUCGAAACUUUAAGCCAGUGCUGGCCUAGGACAAUCCAACAACACAGAUUGCCGCACAGGCCAAUGUGCCACAAUAAUUGGCACUCGAAUUCAAAGAUUUAAAAAAACUUUAUCGAAAACCUUAUUUGUUCUUAAUCACAUCAUGUUUAUAAAACCCUGUGCGGCGGCCGCUAGCUGUGAUCAUAUUUUUUGUUCUUUUUUUUUGCAUUUGUUGCCAGAAUGCUCUUGACAACUUUGAAAUCAUUCAUUUUAUUUUUUAACAAUAAACGUUAUACAGCAUAUUAUGAGUAAUAAACUAAAA